CAACACAAUGUCACAAUUUGACUUUGAUAUCAACAACUCAAUUUUGAGGUUACAAAGAAGAAUAGCAGAAUUAAAUUUAUUUAUUUUAUGAAAAAGAAAUUAGAACCUCUACAAUUGAAACAAAAGGAUUUACAUUUCCAUAACGCGAUGAAUACUCCUAACAAAAUAUUUUUAGUACCACUAUAUUGUAGAUUCAACUCUUACUAUUCUGCAGAAUUCAUAAACAGGAACCCUAGGAACUUGGAGAAAAUCAGGAUAGCCCGAAAGCCCGACGGCUAUCACCUUGACAAACCUGGAAGGAAAUUUUGGCAUAAGUUAGUCCUCAUACCAAGUAAAAGAACAGUUACAGCACAAGUGGUUCACUAUUUAAACGGACCAGUGAUACAAGCAAAAACAUCAGAGUGGGCGCUACGCAAGCAGCUUUAUAGUAUUAAUGACACCUGUGCCUACAUCAACUUAGGUCGAGUUUUUGCCCAACGAUGCCUAGAAUUUGGCAUAAGUGAAAUGUACUGCGACAUCAAACCUCUUCAAGGUGGUAGAGUUGAGAAAUUUCUGAAUGAGGUUGCCAAUGGGGGGAUAAAGUUAGAAGAAUUGGAGGUUUAUAAAAAACCUAAUGCAUGGGACUGGAACAGACCAGAAAAGCCUUGGGAAGUUACUGAAGAAUAAAUUGUAAUGUAAUUUAGUUCUGUUUUGUCAAUAUUUAAAUUUAUGUAUAGAUAGAUAUAGUAAAAAUAUGAA